AUGGCCCCGUCGACUCUUGAGGUUGAGGACCACCAGCGCGAUGCUGCUUUCAACAAGGCUCUCCAUGGGUCGUCAGCGAAGAGACGUGGUGGCCUAGCCGCCAUGAGUGCCAAGGACCAAAAGGCACAAAGAGCUGCGGUAGACGAGUAUUUCAAGCACUGGGACAAGAAACCGUCCACAGAGGAAACGGACGAAAUCAGAGAGGCACGUAGAGUAGAAUACGCAACUCUUACGCGACAUUACUACAACCUUGCUACUGAUUUCUACGAGUAUGGCUGGGGCUCAUCAUUCCAUUUCUGCCGGUUCGCAUAUGGAGAGCCCUUCCGUCAGGCCAUCGCCAGACACGAACAUUACCUCGCCCACCAGAUCGGACUGAAGGAGGACCAGCUUGUUCUUGAUGUAGGCUGUGGUGUUGGUGGUCCCGCUAGAGAAAUGGUCAAGUUCGCCGGUGUCAAUAUCGUUGGCCUGAAUAACAACGACUACCAAAUUGAUCGCGCCACCCACUAUGCUGCUAAGGAAGGUUUGUCACAUAAACUUCGUUUCACGAAGGGAGAUUUCAUGCAAAUGUCCUUCGAGCCGGAAACAUUUGAUGCCGCCUAUGCCAUCGAAGCCACCGUCCACGCCCCCUCCCUCGAGGGCGCCUACAGCGAAAUCUACCGUGUCUUGAAGCCAGGUGGUACCUUCGGUGUCUAUGAAUGGGUCAUGACGGAAAACUACGAUAACGACAACCCGGAGCACCGCGAGAUCCGCCUUGGGAUCGAGCAAGGUGACGGAAUCUCCAACAUGGUCAAGGCUGAAGUUGCCCUAGCAGCCAUCAAGGCGGUCGGAUUUGAACUGUUGCAUGCGGAAGACCUUGCUGAUCGGCCCGAUGAGAUCCCCUGGUACUACCCGCUGGCAGGAUCGUGGAAACAUAUGACCUCGAUGGGAGAUUUCUUCACGAUUCUCCGUAUGACCUGGUGGGGUCGUGCGAUCGUGCACCGUUUUGUAGGUGGGCUUGAGAAAAUUGGCAUUAUGCCUCACGGCGCUCAGAAGACCGGUGACAGCCUGGCGUAUGCCGCUGACUGCCUUGUCAAAGGUGGUGAAAUGAAAUUGUUCACGCCUAUGUUUUUGAUGGUUGGCCGCAAGCCUGAAAAUAAACGGUAA